AUGAAACCGAAGGUCUACCAAUUUGUGGUUGCUCUUUUUGCUGCCUUCGGAUCCUUCCUUUACGGUUAUGAUCUGGGUGUCAUCGCCUCCGUCGUUGCGUCAGACUCCUUUGUCGAUAAGUUCUUAACGCAUAAUGGGAGCGUGAUCUCCGGAACAGUUGUGUCCUUGUUCACGGCUGGUGCAUUCUUUGGAGCCCUCGGAGCGGGCUAUACCGACCCACUCGGUCGUCGCGCAACCCUCGUAUUGGGAUCUGUGCUGUUCUGUAUCGGAGGCAUCCUCCAAACAGCAGCCGUCAAUGUUGGCAUGUUGCUGUUCUCACGCAUCUUUGCUGGUUUUGGGAUAGGUAUUCUUGUCGAAACUGUCCCUAUGUUCCAGGCAGAGAUUGCACAUGCCAGCAUCCGAGGUAUUUUGGGGUCACUUCAGCAAACCAUGCUGGGCAUCGGUGCAUUAUCCGCGUCUUGGAUCGGAUACGGUUGUGAAAAGUCUUGGGCCAAUACUGGCGAUAGCGUUCAGUGGCGACUUCCUCUAGCACUUCAGCUGGUUCCUGCUAUUGGCCUAGCUUCAUGCAUCUACUUCUUCCCCGAGUCACCUCGCUGGCUUAUUGACCACGAUCGUCACGAAGAAGGAUUGCACAACCUGGCUCGCCUGCACGCCAACGGUAACAUUGACGAUCCAUAUGUCCGGGCCGAGUAUGAGUUGAUUCAGCGGCAAAUAGAGGAGGAACAUCAGCACGCCGCCAAGUCCUAUAAGGAAUUCAUCCAGCCAAAUGACCGGCGUCUCCGCCAUCAAUACUUCUCCCCAGCCAUCUUCGCGCAAAUCGGAAUCUCGACCUCAAAAACCCUUCUCUAUCAAGGCAUCAACUCGAUCAUCGGCGAGCUGGCGCAGUUCAUCUUCUUCUUCCUCAUCGAUCGCGUGGGCCGUCGCCCAUUGCAGAUCGGAGGCAACAUCGCCUGUGGGGUUGCCUUUAUCAUCGGCGCUUCGCUCCUGUCGCAGUACCCUCCUGACUCCACCAACACGGCCGCGCACUGGGCCUUCAUCGUUGCCAGCACCUGGGUCUUCAACUUUUGUUUCUGCGCCUCAGGGACCAUGUCGUGGAUCAUUCCCGCUGAGAUCUUCAACACCGCCACCCGCGCCAAGGGCAUCUCGCUGGCGACCAUGGUCUCGUUCGCAUUCAACACGAUGAUCGCCCAGGUCACGCCUAUUGCGCUGGAGCGCAUCGGCUGGCGCUAUUACCUGCUGUUCAUCGUGUGUGAUUUUGGCAAUGCGCUGUUCUUCUACAUGUUCUUGCCGGAAACAAAAGGUCUCUCGCUGGAGGUGAUGGAUGAUCUGUUCACCAACGCGCCGUUGUUGGUGCCCGGCAGCCGGUGGGAGGUGUCGCCGGAGGUUAAUAUUGAGAAGGCUCUGACGCAGGAGGCUGCUGCGGUGGAGUUGGAGGAUCGCUUUUCGAUAAAGAGGGACGAGAAGGAGGGGCCUGUGUCGACGAGGGUGGAGGCGAUUUGA